AAGAACUAAUAUUUAUUUAUAGGAAUAAAAUAAAUAUAAAUAUAUGGUGAAGAAGAGAUAAAGUAGAAAUAGAAGGAAAAUGAACGUGCCUUUUGAAACAGAAAUUAAGGAUGAUGAAAAAAAUCUUCAAGAGGAUAAAAUUGACUAUUAUCAAUCCAAUGCUCAAGAAAAAUUGAUUAAUUUACUCUACAAUGAUAUCCUCAAGAAUUUUAUAACUGAUCAAAGCUGGAAUAUAAUUCCAUCAAAUGCAAAUGUCUGCGUAAAUAAACAACCAGAUUCUCUGAUAACGAAUGAAGAAAUAAUAGAUGGAGAACUUGAUAAAACUAACAAUAAAGAAGAAAUGCCGGGUUUAGAAAAACAUUCUCAUGAAAAGAAGGACGAGAAACAUGUUUUUCAAGAUGAUAAAUACGAAAUUACUUUUCCAAAUGGAAACUCUUAUUCCGGCCAGAUAAAUAGAAAUAAAAUAGAUGGAGUGGGUUCAUACUUUUGGCGAUAUGGAGCUCAAUAUAAAGGAGAAUUCAAAGAAAAUCGAAUAGAAGGAAAAGGAAAUUUAAUCUGGAAAGAUAACUCUUGGUACGAAGGCGAAUUUUUAAAUUCUAUGAGGCAUGGAAAAGGGAUUAUGGUAAAUAAGGAUUUUUCUCGUUUUUAUACUGGAAACUGGUACAUGGGCCAAAAAAAUGGAAAGGGAUUAUGUCGUUAUUCCGACGACAAUUUUUAUGAUGGAAACUGGGUGAUGGGAAAGAAAAAUGGAAUGGGUUAUAGAGUUUAUCCCAAUGGUUCAGUUUAUAUGGGAAACUGGGAAAAUGAUUUUCGGCAUGGUGUUGGAACCAUGGUUUGGCCCAAUGGGGAUAUUUAUAGGGGUGAAUGGGUUUCUGGUAAAAUGCAUGGAUAUGGUGAAUACACGUGGAAUGGAUAUUUUAAUAAAACACUUUCUUGGCCUCAAGAGAAUUCUUAUAUGGGUCAAUGGUCUUGUGGUUUACGGCACGGAAAAGGUUUAUUGAAAUUAAAUUCAGCUGGCGGAGCAAAAUAUUCUGGAAUGUGGAAUGCCGAUAAAAAACAUGGCUUUGGAGUUUUAAUAGGAAAUGAUGGUUCUGUACUCGAAAGGAAUCCACUUUUUCAGAACGAUAUUUUAGUCUCAGAGAACAUAGAAACUAAUGAAUCAGAAGAAAAUUUAGAAUACCAGAAAGAGACUAAAUUUAUUAAAGAACCUAAAAAAAUAGUUGAUCCGAUCGAAACUAGUCUUCUAAAUCCAGAACAAUGGCCACUUUUAUCUCAAUUUAUGAGACAUUUGUUAAUAAAACCAAAAAACGAAAUUGAUGAUACUGUUCUGGAAGUACAAAGGUGUGAAGAAUGCAAUCUUGAAGUCAAAGAACCUUGCAACUGCCUUAAAGAUGUUUUAAAAAAAGAAUUAAAAACACGUUCUUCUGUGGAAAAUACCAUUGAUUAUAAUAUCAAACUCAAAGAAAAAUUACUGAGUCAGGAAGAAAUGCUCCUUCGUAAUUCCCUCACAACGCAUAUGCCUCGUUUAAAACAAAUUUAUGAAACCUACACUAAAGUCUUUUGUCCAAAUGAGAAAGUUUCUCCUUAUCUUUCCAUGAGUCGAUUGUCUCUUUGGCAACUUUGGAGAGAUUGUGGAAUUCAUAAAAAAAAUAUCAGCUUAAUCGAAAUUGAUAAUCUGCUUGCCUCUUCGAGUGCAAAACAUCUUGUAGAAACGGAACGUGGUCCAUUUGAAAGAAUAGAAAUUUGGCAAUUUCUUUAUGCACUUCUUGAACUUUCCUGGCAAUUGUAUUCCAGAUUUGAAAAUUCUGGAUAUUCUGAAAAUCGAUUAGCUGGAGGAUUUUGUAAACUUUUGGAACUAGAUAUUUUUCCUAAUGCAGGAAACCACUGUGGGAAAAUUUUUGACUAUGGAGUAAAUUUCUUGCCCCUUUACUCCAUUUAUCGAAUUUAUCGAGAAAUUGGAGAACCACAUUCAGUGAAGAAACUUCUAAGAACAAUUUUCAGUCCAAAAGCAUCUCCGAUCCCGGCUCGGAUUUUCGAAGGAAAGGAUAUAAAUACAGUUGUGGAACGAAUAGAUUUUAAUCCAAAUAAAGAAUCUUUGAUUAAUUUUACUUCUCUAAAUUCCAAAGAAUCUUCAAAAAAUCUAGACUCACCACUUCAAAAUCCAGCAUCAUCGAUCCCAUCUCGAAUUUUCGAAGGAAAAAAUGUAAAUACAGUUGGGGAACGAAUAACUUUCAUUCCAAAUCCAGAACCUCUGAUUAAUUCCAAUUCUCCAAAUUCUAACGAAUCUGCAAAAAAUCUAGAUAUUUCUGUAUUUCGAGAACUCGGCCCAACACAAUUUCUCUUAAUCGUCGCAAUCGUUUGUCCAUCCAUAAAAAACGUAGAACUCAAUAUCAUCGUCAAUACUAAUUACGAGCUUACCUUUCUCGAAUUCUAUGAACUCCUUUUGGAAGCAACCGCAGUUUUGAUAAAAAAAAGGAAAAUGAAAGAGCAAAAAAGGUUGCAGGUAAUGCAAAACCAAAAAUCAAACGAAAUUGGAAUUGAAACUGUUUCUGUGACUAGUUUAAGUACCAGGGUUGAAUCUCACUCUUCGAUCUCCAUUAAAAAAGGAGAGAAACUGAAGAAAAAGAAGCAAAGAAAUUAAAACAAGACACAAAUCCGAGGAACAGUCCAAUGGAGGCAGAAGCAAAUGAAGUGACGAAAGGUCAGGACUCGUAGACAAGGCGCUCGUAAUGUGGAAUUAUUUCUCGAUUUGGUAAAUGCAAACCGAAUUCGAGAGCUACCAAAACUGCGAACUCGGAGGUUACUAGUUCUCUGCGAUUCAGUCGAAAAAUACUCUCGAUUCUCUGAAAUAAACAAAAAACACAAGUGUCAAUAAAUUCAAGAACCAAGGAAAUUAUUCGUCUUU